AUGAAGCUCCUUCAGCUAUCAUCGGUCCUCCACUUCCUGGCUCUUAGCUCGGCUCUUACAGUUCCCUUGAAUCGUCGCAAACGGUGCGAUAAUGCCUUGGCCCGCACUGCCUCCCUUCUCGCAACCGGUGGCGGCCACAACUUCGAUGUCGACGUCAUUGUAGGCGCCAACAACCAAACCUUCAAGCUCCUGGUCGACACAGGAAGCAGUGAUCUCUACAUUAUGGGAGACGGCUUUACCUGCAUCAAUGCCACCAGCAAACUGACCAUCCUCCAGGCGGACUGUGGAUAUGGUCCCGAAACGUACCCCCCCUCGUCGAGCUACAAGCAGGUUCCGAACGAAGCGUUCGGAAUUGAAUACAGAGCCGGUCGUGCCAGCGGAGUCAUGGCCUACGAGGAUAUCACGAUCGCAGGCAUCUCAGUGCGCGCCAAAUUGGCAAUCGCAGAUGUUUCUGAGCCGAUGGGUCGAGAGGGGAUCAGCAACGGGCUCCUGGGCCUUGGCUACCCCAGCUUGACAUCGGCUCAUCCGGGCACACCCGUCCCCAAUGACACGUAUUUCUACAACCGGGUGGUGUAUAGCCCAGUGUUCAAUGCCAUGUUUGAACAAGGCCUGGUGGAGCCGUACUUCACUAUUGCCCUGGCGCAUACCGCGCGGGACAGUAUCGCUACAUUCGGAAGCUAUCUUACCCUGGGCGACCUGCCGCCGGUGGAACCCAAGUCGGAUUUCACCGCUGUUCCAGUGGAAAUCAUGACGAACGUUCCGGCUGAAUUCACAUCGGGAAGGCAACAGAGAGCCUACUGGGCUUUCACCAUCGCGGGCGUGAACUAUGGGUCGUCGGGAGAAGAGGAAGCCGCCCUCAAGACCGACCACAACCCAUGGCAAGUCUUCGUAGACACCGGGAACGACUUCUCCAUCCUCCCCGAGACAGUCGCAGACCCAGUGAACAAACAAUUCUCGCCCCCAGGCAUCUGGAACGACAAGCUGAAGGCUUAUGUAGUCGAUUGUGACGCGAAGGCGCCUGAGUUUGGUGUGACGAUUGGGGACCAUCUCAUCUAUGAAAUUGGAGAUAGAGUCUGUGUCUCAAGUCUGUUGCCGGCAGAGAAGGAGGGGAUGAAAUACGUCGUGGUGUACAUCUUCGGAGCGCCCUUCUACAAGAAUGUUAUGCCGUGCAUGAUUUUGGAAAGAAUGAAUUGA